AAGGCCUCCUCCUACAACUGAGAUACCACAAAAUAACUUUGCUCCACUUCAUGAACUACUUUGGAGUUUUUUCUCUCUGCAGAUAUGAGCUCUGACAGAAAUUAGAGCACGUAAGCUGUGAUUCUACAAGUUAAGCUGCACAUAACAAGUGUUUCGGGAACUUUUCCAGGUUGUGUCUGCACUGUGGGUUUUUCCCUGCAUUCCUCUUUGUUGCAGAAACAGAUGCUUCUUCCUGUUCACGUGAGGCUGAAACAUUCCCACUGUGCUGAAGUGAAGAGUCUGAAGACCCCCUGCAACCCUCUGCAACUGUGAGAGGAUCCCUUGCUUACCAUGUCCUGUGACUUGGACCCAUACAUCUUCACCACUGACACUCUACCCAGUGAUCAGCGCUUCCUUCCUCCACUGGCAAAUGGACUUCUGGGCUGGAGGGUGUACAACAAUAUCAUGCACAUGGGUAGUGUUUAUAACGGGGAAGGUGGACGUUGCCACAGAGCUGAUGUCCCCUGUCCACUUGCUGUGAGGAUUGAGACUGAAGAACCUGCCCGACACACCUACAGCCUAGACACACACACAGGCAUUUUCACCCACACCAUCAGCUCAGCCAGGGUUACUGUUUCACAGUCUUUGUAUUCUCACCGAUUCUACCCUAACCUCAUGGUGAUGGAGGUUCUGAUGGUACGUCAUGUGGCCUCAGAGCAACCAGUCAUUGUUAAUCUAGACAGUUCGUUCACCCCUCAGAGCAAAGACAUUGUUUUCAAGUAUGGCCCUGAUUACAGAGGAGGAAGCCACAUCCAAGGACAAACGACCACAGCAGAGUUCCCAGGUGGCUCCUGUCCUACAGUGCACCUAAUCUGGAUCCCCAUACCCUCCACUUUGACGCUGACACCUGACCAGAGUGAGGCUCGCUGGGGCUUCAUCUUGGCUGUGGCUAAUAGUUUAGACUUUGCGAAGGCCAGUUUUGAUGAGGGCCUGAACCUGAUGGCGACUGGCAACCUGCGCCCAUCUCAUGAGAAGGCCUGGAAAGAGCUGUGGCUGCAGAGCACAGUGGAGGUAGUUGGGUCAGAGAGCCUCUGCAAGGCCCUGAUUGGCUGUAUGUUCUACCUCCUCAGUGCCUUCCCAUCCAUACAUGACUCCUCCAGCUCAUUUGGUGGGGUCAGUCCGGGUGGGCUUUCUAAUGGUGGAGACGGUCAGGAUUACUGGGGUCAUGUUUUCUGGGACCAGGACAUUUGGAUGUAUCCUGGGAUAGCUCUUUUUUACCCCAAGCUAGCCCGAGCAGUGCUGGAGUACAGAGUGAGGACUAUAGACGGUGCCAAAGACAAUGCCAAAAAGCAGGGCUACAAGGGGUUGAAGUUCCCAUGGGAGAGUGCUGUGUCAGGGAGAGAGGUGUGUCCUCAGGACAUUUAUGGACAACAAGAGAUUCACAUCAAUGGAGAUGUCACACUGGCCUUCCAACACUAUCUCUAUCUCUCUGAGGAUCUGUCCAUGUUCACAGAGGGUCGGGGCAGUGAGGUGAUCUACGGGGUGGCUGAUUACUGGGUUUCCAGGGUAACGUGGCACCCUGAUGACCAGAAAUAUCACCUCCUAGGUGUCAUGCCCCCAGAUGAAUAUUACUACAAUGUCAACAACUCUGUGUACACAAACACAGUGGCCCAACUCAGUCUGCAGUUUGCUGUUGAGUUGGCUGAUCUCCUCCAACAUCCUGCACCAAAAGAAUGGCAAGAAGUGGCCAGCAAGAUCAAGAUACUUUUUGAUCAAGAGUCCCAGUACCACCCUGAGUAUGAAGGCUACACUAAAGGACAAGCAGUGAAGCAGGCAGACACAGUGAUGCUGGGUUAUCCUCUUGGAGUGUCAAUGUCUCCUCAGGUUAGAAGGAAUGAUCUUGAAGCCUAUGAGCCAGUAACAGACCCAAAUGGUCCAGCCAUGACAUGGGGUAUGUUUGCAGUCGGCUGGCUGGAGCUGGGAGAGGCUGACAAAGCUCAGCAUUUACUUGAGAAGUGCUACAAGAACAUACAGGGGCCGUUCCAGGUAUGGAGUGAAUCAUCAGAUGGCUCUGGUGCAGUCAACUUUCUCACAGGUAUGGGAGGAUUCCUGCAAGCUGUGCUGUUUGGUUAUACAGGUUUCAGAAUUGAGAAGGAAUGCCUGGCUUUUUCCCCCCUGCUUCCUGGUGACAUCUGUGAGCUUUGUGUUCGUGGUGUGAACUAUCUGGGCAGUCAGAUGGAUUGGCUGCUCAGGAAAAAUGAAGUGUGCAUCAUUCUAAGGGAACAUACAGGCAAUGCUGCCAACACUAAGCUCUCUAAUCUACAAGUUGUCCUGAAGGCAUCUGGGGUUAAAAUCCCUCUCACACCAGGGCAGCCAGUAACUUUUCCUCGAGAGCCUGGUUGUGUAUGUAAAGUGGAUCCUACAUCCUACUGCUGGCCUCUCUGAAACAGGACCAGCAAUCCUCCUAAUUAUCCAAUUUACUAAGAACCAAAAAUCAUGUUAUGCAAGUUAUUUUAAUAUUUCAAUGUACAGUUUUUUCUGAUGCCAUUUCUAUGAAGAAACGAAUAAAUUGUAUAAAACCUGAUAAAAGGGCAAAUUGACAUGUUUUUUUUAAUAUAACCUGCCUGUAGCUUAAAGAGCAGGGGUAAAAAAAAAUUUAACAGCUUGUUUUGUUUUGA